AUGCGAGCCUCGUCCAUCCUGCGCCUCAGCCGGGUCGCGCUGGCGUCGCCGACGGCGGCACGGCGCGGCCUCGCCACCCACGCCUCGGCCUCGUCGUCGUCGACUGCGCCGACGAACCUGAUCGAAAAGAUUGUCCAGCGGUACGCCGUCGACCUGUCUCCGCAGCAGCAGGUGCGGGCGGGCGACUACGUGUCGAUCCGGCCCAACGUCGUCAUGACGCACGACAACACGGGCCCGGUGAUUUCCAAGUUUGGCUCGAUUGGCGCGACGGCGAUCCGGGAUCCGGACCAGGUCGUCUUUGCGCUCGACCACGAUGUGCAGAACAAGUCGGACAAGAACCUGGAAAAGUACAGCCGCAUCGAGAGCUUUGCGCGCCAGCACAACGUCGACUUCUACCCGGCGGGGCGCGGCAUCGGCCACCAGGUGCUGGUCGAGGAAGGGUACGCGUUCCCGCAGACGCUGGCCGUGGCGUCCGACAGCCACUCGAACAUGUACGGCGGCGUCGGGUGCCUGGGCACGCCCAUCGUGCGCACCGACGCCGCCGCCAUCUGGGCGACGGGCCAGACGUGGUGGCAGAUCCCGCAGGUGGUCAAGGUCGAGCUGACGGGCCAGCUGCCCGCCGGCGUGACGGGCAAGGACGUCAUCGUGGCGCUCUGCGGCUACUUCAACGAGGACCAGGUGCUCAACGCGGCCAUCGAGUUCUCCGGCUCCGGCCUCGACCGCCUGUCGAUCGACGAGCGCCUCGCCAUUGCCAACAUGACGACCGAGUGGGGCGCCCUGGCCGGCGUCUUCCCCGUCGACGACGUGACGCUGUCGUGGUACGAGCGCCAGAUCCGCAAGCGCGACCGCCUCGAGCUGCAGCUCGGAUCGUCGCCCUCGCCCUCGCGCCACCACCCGCGCCUCAACCUCGAGCGCCUCGACGCCCUCUCCAACGACCUCCUCCGCUCCGAUUCGGGCGCCGCUUACGCCAAGCACCUCACCCUCGACCUCUCGACGCUCGUCCCGCACGUCUCGGGCCCCAACAGCGUCAAGGUCUCGACCCCGCUCGACCGCCUGGCCGCCCAGAACAUCGCUAUCCAAAAGGCCUACCUCGUGUCGUGCGUCAACUCGCGCGCUUCGGACCUCAAGGCCGCCGCCGACGUCAUCCGCGGCAAAAAGGUGGCCAAGGGCGUCGAGUUCUACGUGGCCGCCGCGUCGAGCGUGGUGCAGCAGGAGGCCGAGGCGGCCGGUGACUGGGGCGCCCUGAUGGCGGCGGGCGCCAGGCCGCUGCCCGCCGGUUGCGGCCCUUGCAUCGGCCUCGGCGUCGGCCUGCUCGAGGACGGCGAGGUGGGCAUCUCGGCCACCAACCGCAACUACAAGGGCCGCAUGGGCUCGCCCAACGCCCAGGCCUACCUCGCGUCACCCGCCGUCGUGGCUGCGUCGGCCAUCGAGGGCCGCAUCUGCGGACCCAGCGACCUCGACCAGAGCAGCCUCCCACCCUCUGACGGCCUCGCAUACUCGAUCAAGGUGGCCGAUGCGCCCGCACCCGCGGCGGCGACAGAACAGGCCAGCCCUGCCCCCACCACGGCCGCCGCCGACGACUCGUCGCUGCUGCCGUCGUUCCCGGCGUCGUUCCGCGGCCCAUUGCUGUUUGCGCCCCAGGACAACCUCAACACCGACGGCAUCUACCCGGGCAAGUACACGUACCAGGACGAUAUCACGCCCGAGAAGCAGGCGCAGGUCGUCAUGGAGAACUAUGACCCCAACUUUGCGUCGAUCGUGUCGUCUCUGCUGCCCUCGCUGCCCGAGCCGGGCAAGGGUGGGCGCGCGGGGCCGAUCCUGAUCGGCGGCUACAACUUUGGCACGGGCUCGUCGCGCGAGCAGGCGGCGACGGCGCUCAAGUACGCGGGCAUCCCGCUCGUGAUUGCCGGCUCGUUCGGUGACAUCUUCAAGCGCAACGCCAUCAACAACGGCCUCAUCUGCCUCGAAUGCCCCGAACUCGUCGACUCGCUCACGCAGCGCUUCGCGCGGGACGGCAAGCGCGGGGCCGGUGGCAAAAAGGACGGCGAGAUCACCGUCAUGCUCGACGGCGUCGAGGCGAGCGUGCGCAGCGUCAACGGCGAGCUCAAGGUCAGCUGGAAGGACGGCGCCGCCCCCGCCGAGGAGUACACGACCAUCCCCGCCGGCAUCGGCCGCAGCGUCCAGGAGAUCUUUGUCGCGGGCGGCCUGGAGAAGUGGGUCAAGCAGAGGAUUUAG